CUGCGCGGCGCCGGGUUCCGAGUCCGCGGCCGACUGCGCAGCCUGCGAGCAGGUCUAAGGCCCGAACCUUCAAAGUUCGAGGAGGGAAAUGGAUGAGUCCACAGGGGAGCGGUCACGCCUUUCUCGCCCUAAGACCAGAGACGAAAUGAAACUGAAGGAGACAGUCUCCAUCCUCCCCCAGGAGGAAAGCCCCUCUGUGCGCUUCUCCAGAGAUGGAAAGCUGCUGGCCGUGACGCUGCUGCUGGCCCUGCUGUCCUGCUGCCUCACGGUGCUGUCCUUCUGCCGCGUGGCCGCCCUGCAAGCGGAGCUGGGAAGGCUCCGGGCGGAGCUGCGGGAGCUGCCCGGCGCCCCCCGGGCGGGAGCCGCAGCCCCCAGGGCCGCCCUGCGGGAGGCUGCGGCCGCCACCUCCGCGCUGCAGGGGAGCUUGGCGCUACCAGCUCCAGGAGAGAGCAACUCCAGCCAAAGCAGCAGGAGUAAGCGUGGCCUGCCGGAUGCAGAAGAAACAGUCACUCAAGACUGCUUGCAAUUGAUUGCAGACAGUGACACGCCUACCAUACGAAAAGGAGCUUACACAUUUGUUCCGUGGCUUCUCAGCUUUAAAAGAGGAAGAGCCCUAGAAGAAAGAGAGAAUAAAAUAUUGGUCAAAGAAACGGGUUACUUCUUUAUAUACGGUCAGGUUUUAUACACCGAUAACACCUUUGCCAUGGGACAUCUAAUACAGAGGAAAAAAGUCCAUGUCUUUGGGGACGAAUUGAGUCUGGUGACUUUGUUCCGAUGUAUUCAAAAUAUGCCUGAAACACUACCCAAUAAUUCCUGUUAUUCAGCUGGCAUCGCAAAGCUGGAGGAAGGGGAUGAACUCCAACUGGCAAUACCACGCGAAGAUGCUAAAAUAUCCCGGGAUGGAGACGGCACGUUUUUUGGUGCACUGAAACUUCUGUGACCUACUUACACACCUUGGCGUGGCUGUUUUCCUCCCUUUCUUUGUACCUCUAAAGAGAAAACACUUAACUGGAAAUACCAAAAAAAAAAAAAGGUAGUUACCAUAGCCUGGUUUGCUGAAACUAGACCAAAACAGGAAAUUUAAGACAACCACAGCCAAAGUGUGUCAUGUGAAUUACAAGAACUAGAGCCCGUUUAAGGAAAAAUAGAACUAGAAAGACUUUUCGCUAUAAUGCCAUGUUGAACACCUUAGUCAAUAGUUUCUUACCUUGGAAGAAGCACAAGAUUCAAAGGGGCAGUAAUCAUUUCUUCAAAAAUGGUAUCCCACUGUUUGCUAUGGAACAGCGCCCGUGCCUGUAGGACAUUAAGACAUUUGGGGGAAAUCUCAGGAUUUAUCCUCUAUUUUUAUGUUAAAUACCCUUUCUCCUUUUUCAGUUAAUAUUGAG